GAUUCAGUCGUUCAGCCAUCACUAGCUCAAACAAUAUUUCGACUCAGUCAUUAAAUUGAACUUAUUCCGAACCAGUCGACACAACUCUUUUACAUUGUGCAUUGUGCUGUUUUUCUUCUACUGCCGUAAAUAAUAAAUUUUCUUUGUCGAAGCCAUGUCGAUGUCAAAGACGACAAACACGUACAAUCGCCAGAAUUGGGAGGAUGCCGAAUUUCCGAUACUCUGCCAGACGUGCCUGGGCGACAAUCCGUAUGUGCGUAUGAUUAAGGAGCGUUUCGGCAAGGAAUGCAAAAUUUGCACACGACCAUUUACAAUAUUCCGCUGGUGUCCUGGCGCAAGGAUGCGUUUCAAAAAGACGGAAGUGUGUCAGACAUGCGCUCGCCUCAAGAACGUGUGUCAAACGUGCCUGCUCGACCUGGAGUUCGGUCUGCCCAUCCAAGUGCGCGACGCCGCCCUCAAAGUGGCCGACAAUAUGCCCCAAAGUGAUGUUAACAAGGAGUACUACAUUCAGAACAUUGAUGCCCAGCUUGCCGAUGGCGAUGGCACCGAGGCAGCUGGCGCCGUUGGUCGCUCGCUGGCGGCCAACGAGAUGCUAUCGAAAUUGGCGCGCACAGCACCGUAUUACAAACGGAAUCGUCCCCACAUCUGCUCCUUCUGGGUGAAGGGUGAGUGCAAGCGUGGCGAGGAGUGUCCAUAUCGCCACGACAAGCCCAACGAGCCCGAUGAUCCGCUGUGCGAGCAGAACAUCAAGGAUCGCUACUAUGGACGCAACGAUCCGGUGGCUGAGAAGAUCAUGAAGCGGGCUGCCUCGUUGCCGACGUUGGAACCGCCAGAGGAUCGCAAUAUCACCACAUUAUAUGUAGGCAAUCUGCCCGAAGAGAUCACCGAGCCAGAGAUACGGGAUCAAUUCUAUCAAUAUGGCGAGAUACGUUCGAUUGCGCUGGUGCCGCGCCAGCAAUGCUCCUUUGUGCAGUACACAAAACGCAGCGCUGCCGAAUUGGCCGCCGAGCGCACAUUCAACAAACUGGUCAUCCAUGGCCGCAAGGUCAGCAUUAAAUGGGCGCAUUCGCAGGCGAAGCAGGGAACCGCCGCCAAAACGGAUCGACGCUUUGAUGUGGCUGGGAUUCCGCCGCCCAGCGCCAAGCCGAAUGAUUAUUUCAAUCUGCGACAGGAGCAAAUCAAUGUGAUGCCAGCUGGCAUGAAACUGCAUCAGUUGCCAACCAAUCUGGUGCCAGCGUCCGCCUAUCAAAUGUACGCCCAACCGACCUAUGCAGCACCAUACAGCGGCCUGGGCGCUGCUCCAACGAGCUCGGUCCCAAAUGGUGCCACUACCUCUGGUGUGAAUCUCGAUGUGAUUCCACCGCCACCCGGUCAAAUGGCGUAUCCCAGCCAGGAUGCCAGUCGCAUGGGUGCGCUAAAAAAAUGAAAUAUUUAGAUUAAAGUAUGUGAUAUGUAAAUAUACAAGCACAUAUAUCUAAAAUCGCUAAUAAAUUGUACAAUUUUCUAUAUA